ACAUGUAGUUGGAGGUGGAGGACUGUAGAACCCACUCACUGGAGGGUCACUGGGCAGAAGCGUACAGUGGGACAGUAGUCAGCACAGGGGGACAGUAGUCAGCACAAUCAGACAGGAUUAAGUCCAGUCAGUUUCAGUCAGUUCAAUGAUAGUAGCCAGUACAUCGAGUUGGCCAGUAGUCAGUAUGGCCAGUAGUCAGUAUGGCCGGAUAUCAAAGUCUAUUCAAGUCGGUGAAUCCACAAAGUCAAUUGAGAAUUGCUGCACAAUUAAACUGACAAUUAAACUGCUCUGUCUUUCACUCAACCAGAAAGAACCCUUGUGCUGGAGUCUCUUCAUGCUAACACUCUGUCUAAUUCACUUGCUUUAUUGUUUGCAGGCCAGAGUUUCUCCUACUUAUUUCGGUUUGUUGUCAUGUUUCUUCUCUAUACCUUUAACCUUUAACAAUAGAUUGUAUGCUCCCUGAAAAUUUUUAUACCCUAUUGUUGAUGCACGCUUUAACGCAACAU